UGUGUGAUUAGUGAUUAGUGUUGAGGAAGGUAGCGUGCAAUAACAAUAUGCAGCAGAGGAGGGAGAAAGAGAUGGUGAGAGGAGAAGCAGAGGCAGUGGUGGCGUGCAGCGACAAGAGCAUGAAAAUUGGGGCCACGAUGUGGGACUUGGAAACGGGAGAAAAACUGCUUCACAUACCAACCUGUGCCUCGCCACCUUUCGGCUUCUUGUGCUUGAGAAACCGUUUCCUCGUCGCAUCUCAAAUUAACAAACACGGCUCUAUCGGCGAUGGAGCCAUUCUAGUUUGGCCCUUCAACAAGCCUCAACAACCACUUUUGAAUUACACAGUGGAGGCUGUUGGACCACUUUGUUGUACAAAUGAUGGCAUAUACCUUGUUGGAGGAGCUCUGUCAGGAAUUGCUUAUCUUUGGAAUGUGACCAACGGAAAAUUAUUGAAGACUUGGAGAGCUCAUAAUAAAUCUUUAAACUGUAUGGCAUUUUCAGAUGAUGAUUCUUUUCUUAUUUCCAGUUCAGUUGAUGGCACGAUCUGUGUUUGGUCUAUGAUUAGUUUGUUAGACAUAGAAGAAACAACAAGCUCGCCACCUUCAUUACAUUGUUUGUCAGGACACACGUCAUCCAUAACAGGUCUUUUAACUAUACCGAACUCAAUAUUAGUAUCAAGCUCCCUUGAUGGUACAUGCAAGGUUUGGGAUUUUAUCUACGGAAGGCUCGUGCAAACUCAAGUUUAUCUUUUUGCAAUAACCUCCAUCACCCUCCACCAAAGAGAAAGACUUUUGUUUUGUGGAAUGGAAAAUGGAACAAUAAUUGUCAACAAGCUUGACAUUGGUUUGAAAGAAGGUCCUUCCAUGGGUACAGUAGCUCAACCACUUGAAUUGAAAGGACAAAACGGAGCCAUUAGUGCCUUAACAUGCUCUCGAGCAUGCCUAAUAUCUGCCUCUGAAGAUUGCACGAUCUAUAUUUGGGAUAUCUUCAACUGGGAAGUCAUUCAUAGGUUUAAUCUUCAAAAAGCAGGGAAAGUAACUAAUCUUGUGAUAGUUUCACGGUCCGCAUUGGUUUCUGCAUCAAAGUACGAGACAGUUUCCAAUAAGUAUUAUGUUUCUCCACUUGACAAGUAUCCUCAGUUGAUUAACUCAUUCAAGGGAACUACUACUCUUCUUUCCUUGUGCCCACUCCACAAAGGAAACCAAACUUGCAUUGAUUUGAGAAGUAGUGAUUUAUCAAGACAGAAGAUUUCAAGUUCACAGAAAGCAGAUGUGCCUAUGUCCAUGACCAUACAAAUGAAAGUGGAAACAAGUAUCAAGAAUCAUGUAUUGGCGACAAAUAUGGCAGAGCAUGUUACAGUGAUAAACAAACAGUUGCAAUCACAACUAUUGAACUUUAUACAACACAGAUUGUUAUGUCCAAACAUCAUCAACACACAUAAAACUAGAAGAAAAAAACUCAAAAUUCAAAGUUUGGUACGGGAAGAGAAAAAUCUAAAGCCAUAGCUAAAUAUAUUUUUAGAUUCAUUUGUACUUUUCCUUAUGUACGCAGCAUUUAAAUUCAAGGUCUUCAUCUAAAAAAAAAGAGGAAAAAAUAGACCUUUGCUUCAUAUUGUAUAUGUUCCAAAUAUGUUUUGAGUCAUUGUUGGACUUUCGGCCUUGUGUACCUAACUUUGUUUUUAUAUAAAACCAUAUAAGGGAAUAAUGAACGACAAUUU